AAUGGACCAAGCAUCAGCCAAUGAGAAUGCCGUUGUUUCGGUUUUAGGCCACCAGCGUAAGAACAAGACAGACUAUUGGUCACCGGCUGGCGCUCCCGUCCAAUGGGAGCACGCCGAGCCUGAGGUUUGGGCGGGGAGCUUGAGCUGCUUAGGAAGAGAUGGUUGGCCUCCGUGCGCACGGAGUUUUCCGGGGUUAACGACCUUAAAUGCAGCAGCCGGUUCGGAAGUUCUGGCGCUUACCGACGCCUUCAGUGAUGGCUCACGAAGCACUGGGCUAUGAUCCUCCGGUGCAUCUGGAUGAUGAUACAGCAGAUCCUGCCGCUGAAUUGGUGGCCAGCCAAAACAGACUGCCUGUGCUUCAUCCUGCUCCUACUGAAGCAAUUAACAGCCAAGUGAGACCGCUGUUGCUCCAGCCUGCUUUUGUUCAAGUGGUCAGCAGCCAAAGAGGACAACUGCUUCUGCCACCUGUUUCCAUUCAACUGGCCAGCAGCCCAGGAGACCCAUUUUCUCUCCAGUCUUGUCCUCCUUUUUUUCUUCCUCCUCCUUCUCCUCCUUCUCUUCCUUCCCCCCCUCCUCUUCCUCCAGUGGCCAACAGCCAAGAGGGUGCCCUCCUUCCCCAGUCUCCUCCCCACGUGGCCAGCAGCCAAGGGGAACCCCCUGUGCUCCAGCCUGCACAACAGGUGCCCACUGACCUGACGGAGGAAGUAGAAUGGUCAGAAGAGAAUGUAGAGAACACCAAUCCAGGAGGUAUAGGGGAGCCUAGGCAGGGCUCUGGGGCUGACCGUGAUGCCCAAGCACCUUCACUGGAGUCAAUGAACAGCUUCAUCAGUGGACUACAGAGACUUCGUGGCAUGCUGGAAUUCCUGAGACCUCCUCCACCUUUAGAACACAGUGUGGGCCCACUGAGAGCAAGGAGAAGGGGACGCACUUCACGUAGAGGGAGACCUGGGUCAUCCCAGAGGACAGACAGCGCCAGGUCGAGAGCACCGCUGGAUGCUUACUUUCAGUUGAGCAGGUCGCAGCCUCACUUUGGAGCCAGCUCUUAUGAUCCAGAGGUUAGGAACCCGGUGUCUGAGGAUGUUCAGGGAUCAGGUAGCUCCGAUUCUGACAGCGACAACUCUGCCGAGUAUGAAGAAGCUGUUGUCCAGCCAGAGGAGCCUGGAGCUGUCGCCGCAGAAGGAGAGCAGCAACCAGAACAAGGUGGAGACAUCUCAGCAGAGCAAGAGGUUACACGUAUGAGCCAAGAUGGGACUCUCACCCAAGAGUGCAACAAGAAGGCCAAGCACAGCGACAUCGUUGUCCUUUAUGCCCGAACUCUGAGAGCAUUGGACACUGGUGAGCAGGAGCGUGUGAAAAGUGCCUUAGUGAAGGAGCAGCUGCUGAGGAAGCAGGCUGAGUUAGAAUCUGCACAGUGCCGGCUCCAGCUUCAAGUCCUCACUGAUGAAUGCAGCAGACUUCGCACUCGUGUCCAGGACUUGCAAAACCUUAUGCAGGCACGGGAUCAGGUUUCCGGGCAGUGCAGGGGUUCUGGAGUUCCUUUCCUGAACCGCCUGCCUGCCACCCAGAGCCAGCAUAAGUACCACCUACAGAAGGCCUUGCCUGUAUCUCAGACAGGAAACUGCCGCACCAUGGCGUACAGUGGGGCCCUGAGCUGCCUGGUGGUCUCGCAGCCGUCUCCUCAGGCCUCCUUCUUCCCAGGCUUUGGUGUGAAGAUGCUGAGUACUGCCAACAUGACAAGCACUCAGUACAUUCAAAUGCAUAGCAAGCAGAUCCGCAGCUUGGCAUUCAGCACUCAGUCUGCAAGCUUACUGCUCUCCGCUUCCCUCGACAACACUAUUAAACUGACCAGCCUGGAGACAAAUACUGUGGUCCAGACUUACAAUACUGGACGGCCUGUGUGGAGCUGUUGCUGGUGUCUCGAUGAAAACAACUAUGUCUAUGCUGGACUGGCCAAUGGGUCCAUUCUGGUAUAUGACCUUCGCAACACAAACUCUCACGUGCAGGAACUUGCCCCCCAGAAAGCCAGAUGCCCCCUAGUGUCCCUGUCGUACAUCCCGAGAGCUGCCUCAGCUGUGUUCCCAUAUGGUGGGGUGCUGGCUGGAACCCUAGAACAUGCUUCCUUCUGGGAGCUUAAAACGGGCUUUGCACACUGCCCUCACGUACUGCCCUUGGAGCCUGGGGGCUAUGUGGACUUCCAGACCGAGAGCAGCACCCGACAUUGCCUGGUCACCUACAGGCCUGAUAAGAACCACAGCACUGUGCGAAGUGUGCUGAUGGAGCUGUCCUACAAGCUGGAUGACGCUGGGAAGCCAGUCUGCUCCUGCCAGCCCGUGCAAACAUUCCUCGGGGGGCCCACUUCCAAGCUGUUGACCAAAAGUGCCAUUUUCCAAAGCCCAGAGAAUGAUGGCAGCAUCCUGGUCUGUACUGGUGAUGAGGCAUCAAAUUCUGCCCUGCUGUGGGACGCCGGCAGUGGCUCGCUUUUACAAGACCUGCAGCGAGAUCAUCCUGUCCUGGACAUCUGCCCAUUUGAUGUGAACCAUAACAGCUACCUGGCCACCUUAACAGAGAAGGUGGUCCACAUCUAUAAGUGGGAGUGACCUUCCAGGCAUGCUGCUGGCUGACCCUAGUGGUGGUGUUUGCUAGCAGCAGGCAGCCCUGAGCAAGAUCCCUGCCUGGUGCCUCCAGACAAGAACUUCUGGUCCCCUUGGGCCAGGAUGGUCAUGAGACAAGUGUAUCUGCCGUAUCUGUGAGGACGGUAACUGCUUCUGUUCCAUCUGUAUGGUUGCUUUCUCAGGUUAAAAGCCUUCGUGAAUCUUUGCUGGAAAUCUUUCUUUCUUGUUUGUAUUUUGCUGGACCCAAGGGAGUCCUUUCAACAGUCAUUAGGAUUUGAGAGCUCACCGAGUGCUUUCUGGGUGAACUGACACCCACCUGAGCACCUCGUUGGACUGACUGCUACAUCCCAAGGGGCCCAGCCUUCCAGGCUUGAUGCAGUGCUGACCCAGAAGACCCUGUCUUCCACCAGACACAAGAGUGCACUGGAGAACCUUGGGGAGGGUGUGCGCUGUGUCUGAGCUCGGAGGCUCAUGCCCUAGAAACCGCCUUGUGCACACAGAAGUGUGCAGCGUGUGCCACUCAUGCUUUGGGACAGUGGUGGUCAUGUUCCAGGCCUGUGGUGCUAGGACACCGGCCAGUGAUGGCUGGUGAGUCAGAACCUUAACUAAUGCUGUGCAUGCUAAGAAUCACUAUAUUAUGAUAACGAAGGGCAGGGACCAGUUGUUUGACCGAUGGGCAGGGCUCAUUUUUUUCUAGCUUGCCCAGGAUCUUAGGGUUGGUUUUACCUAAGCUAGUAUGUGAAAGAUUAUUCUUCCCUGCUCCUAGGAAAAGAUGUCACAGCUACUUGCAUCUCCCAUAAUAGAGAUUAGGAGCAAGGGACUAGAAAGCUGAGGUUGCAUGUGGUUAGCCUAAACUAGGGUGAGAUGCUGUCUUAAAAAAAGAG